AUGUGUGGAAUCUUCGGCUACGUCAACUAUCUGGUGGAGAAGGACCGCAAGUUCAUCCUCGAGACCCUCAUCAAUGGUCUCUCUCGCCUAGAGUACAGAGGAUACGACUCUGCCGGUCUCGCCGUCGAUGGCGACAAGAAGAACGAGGUCUACGCUUUCAAGGAGGUUGGAAAAGUUGCUAAGCUCAAGGUGCUCAUUGACGAGUCCAAUGUCGACUUGACCAAGAUCUUCGAUUCACAUGCCGGAAUUGCCCACACUCGAUGGGCCACUCACGGUCCUCCCUCUCGCAUUAACUGCCAUCCCCACAGGUCCGACCCGACCUGGGAGUUCUCCGUUGUUCACAAUGGUAUCAUCACCAACUACAAGGAGCUGAAGACCCUCCUCACCAGCAAGGGCUUCAAGUUCGAGACCGAGACCGAUACCGAGUGCAUUGCUAAGCUUGCCAAGUAUCUCUAUGACCAGAAUGAGAGCAUUGGCUUCACCGAUCUUGCCAAGGCCGUCAUCCAGGAGCUUGAGGGCGCUUACGGCUUGUUGAUCAAGUCGGUGCAUUAUCCCCAUGAAGUUAUUGCUGCUCGUAAGGGUUCCCCUCUCGUCAUUGGCGUCAAGACGCAGAGGAGGAUGAAGGUCGACUUCGUCGACGUCGAGUACUCGGAGGAGGGAGCCGCCCUCCCUGCCGAAGCUGCCUCUCAUAACGUUGCGAUCAAGAACAACCCCAGCACUCUUCUCGGUGCCGGCCUUACAGCCCCCGACAAGUCGCUCCUCCACAGGUCUCAGUCCCGCGCCUUCAUGACUGAUGAUGGUAUGCCCAUGCCUACGGAGUUCUUCUUGUCUUCGGAUCCCUCCGCCAUUGUCGAACACACCAAGAAGGUCUUGUACCUCGAGGAUGACGACAUUGCCCACAUUCACGAGGGCUCCCUCAACAUUCACCGCCUUAAGAAGGCCGAUGGAAGCUCCAAUGUGAGGACCAUCCAGACCCUCGAGCUCGAGCUCCAGGAGAUCAUGAAGGGCGAGUUCGACCACUUCAUGCAGAAGGAGAUUUUCGAGCAGCCCGAGUCCGUCGUCAACACCAUGCGGGGUCGUCUCGACAUCGCCAACAAGACUGUGACCCUCGGUGGUCUCCGAUCGUACAUUACCACCAUCCGUCGAUGCAGGAGGAUAAUAUUCAUUGCAUGCGGUACCAGCUACCACUCUUGCAUGGCUGUCCGUGGUAUCUUCGAGGAGCUCGUCGAGAUCCCCAUCGCUGUCGAGCUUGCCUCGGAUUUCCUUGACCGACAGGCCCCCGUCUUCCGUGAUGACACUUGCGUCUUCGUCUCCCAGUCUGGUGAAACCGCCGACUCCCUCAUGGCCUUGAGGUACUGUCUCGAGCGUGGUGCUCUCACCGUCGGUAUCGUCAACGUCGUCGGUUCUUCCAUCUCGCUCCUCACCCACUGCGGUGUCCACAUUAACGCCGGUCCUGAGAUUGGUGUCGCUUCCACCAAGGCUUACACCUCCCAGUUCGUCGCCAUGGUCAUGUUUGCCCUCUCGCUCAGCGAGGAUCGCGCGUCCAAGGCUCAGAGGCGAGAGGAAAUCAUGGAGGGCCUUUCCAAGAUCUCCGGCCAGAUUAGGGAUAUCCUUAAGCAGGAUGCUGCUAUCAAGGAUCUCUGCCGUAGGGUCUUCAAGGACCAGAAGUCGCUCCUGCUUCUUGGCCGUGGUCUCCAGUUCUCGACCGCUCUUGAGGGCGCUCUUAAGAUCAAGGAAAUUUCCUACCUUCACUGCGAAGCCGUCAUGUCUGGUGAGCUGAAGCACGGUGUUCUCGCCCUCGUUGACGAGAACCUCCCCAUCAUCAUGAUCCUCACCCGAGACGAUGUCUUCAAGAAGUCUCUAAACGCCUACCAACAAGUCAUUGCUCGUGGUGGCAAGCCCAUCGUCAUCUGCAACCCUGACGAUGAGGAGUUCAAGGCCAGCCAGGCUCUCAAGAUCGAGAUCCCCAAGACCGUUGACGUCCUCCAGGGUAUCCUCAACGUCAUUCCUCUUCAGCUCAUCGCCUACUGGCUUGCUGUCAUGGAGGGCCUCAACGUCGACUUCCCUCGCAACCUUGCCAAGUCUGUCACUGUCGAGUAA